UGUCACUUUUCAUAAAUGUCAAAAGCAAAAUAGUGUAGUGGUGUAAAUGUUUUUCUAAUGAGAAAUUUUAGCAAAAUGUAUAAAACAAUACGUUUUGGAAUGUUCCUCAUAUUUUUUCUGUUCAUAAAAGUUGAUGCUUUACCGGUCGAAGGAAAAUGGAAUGAGAAUCUGACAUCGGGCUACAACAGCAUAUAUCUAUCGAAAAGUUUAUUCAAAGACGCCAAAAUUUAUAUAGGAAUAAAUUGCGAUUCUAAAAUCAUGGAUCAGCAAGUUGGAAUUAGUGUUGCUAUAAUACAGUCUCCCUGUUGGGAUAUUACCAAUUCGUUGGCGGUUCUUAAACAGGAAAUAUCAUUGCCGAAUCCCGACUUCAAAAACACCUCAAAAGUGUACCACACCAGCGAAACCUACAAUUGCAACGAUCACAUUUUCAUCCACGAAAAUCCAGAUCCAACCGACAAAAAUCAAGAACAACGCACCAGCAAACAACCCAUCCACAAAAUCGCUCACGACGGAGUCUACGUACUAGCUCUAAAAGUAAACACGAACACCUCCGAGUAUAGCGUCGGGGUGCACAUCGAAAUGAAGAACGAUUACGGUUAUCUAUCAGCUGCUGACUGGCCUUUGUUGCCUUUCUACGGUUUCAUGUGUUUGUAUUACGUCAUGCUUGGUGUAAUAUGGUUGAUACUGUCUUUUUCGCAAUGGAGGGAUCUUCUACGAGUACAAUUCUGGAUUGGAGGGGUAAUUCUACUAGGAAUGUUAGAAAAAGCAACAUUCUACGCCGAAUUUCAAAGCAUUAACAACACAGGAGUGCGAGUACAAGGCGCCAUGCUUUUCGCAGAAUGGAUAUCUUGCGCUAAAAGAACAUUAGCGCGAAUGCUUGUCGUAAUAGUUAGCUUAGGGUUCGGAAUAGUAAAACCAAGGUUAGGAGCGACGUUGCAUCGAGUAGUAGGAGUGGGGCUUCUAUAUUUCUUCCUAGCAGCUUCGGAAGCUUAUUUACGGAUAACCAAAGUUAAAAGCGAUCCCAGCAGGGAUAUCCUAGUAGCAUCAGUACCAUUAGCAGUACUAGAUUCCGCUAUAUGUUGGUGGAUCUUCUCAGCUUUAGUAAACACUACAAGAACUCUAAGAUUGCGUAGAAACGAAACUAAGUUAACCCUAUACAGGCAUUUCACUAACACCCUCAUAUUUUCAGUAUUAGCUUCUGUGUUCUUCAUGUUGUACACCAUCAAAGCGCAUCGUUUCGUCGACUGUUUGGUGAAAUGGAAAGACAUUUGGGUCGAUGAAGCCUAUUGGCAUAUUUUAUUCUCGCUUUUACUGUUGGUGAUAAUGAUUUUAUGGCGGCCUACCAAUAAUAAUCAGCGCUACGCUUUCGUACCUCUUCUAGAUACAGGUGACGAUGCUGACGAAGAAGAACAACUAGUAAACGAUGCGUAUGGAGUUAAAGUAAGAGUGCAUCAUCCUAAAAAUGGUCCACCACAACGAACGACUGUAGAUGACGAUCUUAAAUGGUUAGAAGAGAAUGUUAAAAGUGAUCCUGCUUUGCCCAUAUUGGAUUCUGAUGAAGAAUUGGUGAAUACGAGGUUCGAGGUGUCGAAGAUGCAGUAACGAGUUGCCAAUGCAGUUAUUUAUUCUAGGUAUAUUGUGCUGCAAAAAAGACUGAACGAACUGAAUGUGUAUAUGUAAUUAGAAAGUAGGCAGUCCUCUUUCAGCCAUGAUUUAAAAUCGGUGAUACUUUAUGAAUGAAAUAGUACUUAUCGGUAGCAUAAUAUUCAGCAAACCUCCGUUGUUGUGGUGUUGCCACAUUACUCUACAAAUUUCCCCAGAUCUGGGGAAAAUCUAUAAAAUUGUGCCCAAGUGGCGUACGAUCUACUAAUGUUGUUUGUAGACAUUUUGGUCUAUGUGAACUAUUAUUAUUAGACCGAAAAAUUCAAAUUGCUCCUUUAAAAAUGAAUUAGUAACAUAACGUUUCAGAGCUGAUUUUUUAAUGUCUGACUUUAAAAUAACUAAAAUUUAAAUACUUUUUGUUUUUCGAUUAAAGACUAACUAAUAGCUAACUUCAAUGUUACAAUCGGGGUAGGGUUAACCCAUUGUUAAAAGAUAAUUAUUACUUUAUAACGUAGAAAGCAUUUGAAAUUUUUAAUAUGGAUGUUGUUCGAUUUUUCCCCAGAUCUGGGGAAAUUUAUCUGUAAAGGGAUGGUAAACCGAAACAAUGGUCUAGCCGUUUUUGGCAAGUUUCUAUGAAAGUAAUGGAUUAAUUUAUGCGGUGCAGUGUUGCCUGAUUGCUCUACAAAUUUCCCUAAAUCUGGGGAAAAAUGGAUGAAAGUGCACCAAAGAUCUGAUCUGGGCUGUGUACUGAAGAAACGGCGUUGUCGUUUUCUUACAAGUUUCUGGGAAAUUAUCGGAUUUAUUUAUGCUGUGCGGUCUUUCCAAAUUACACUACAAAUUUCCCCAGAUCUGGGGAAAUAGUUCUACUAAUGUCAUUCUUAGACAUUUUGGUUUAUAUCAACUUUAAUGUCAAAUAACCAGUCAUAACCUAGGAUUAGGCUGAAAAAUUCAAAUGGCUUCUUCUAAUUGGUUACAAAUGAAGUUAGGUAAUGUUGCUACGUCACAUAAAAUUAGAAACACGUUUUAGGGCAGGUUUUUCAAUGCGUAGAAGUCUGAUUUUAAAAUAUCUAAAAACUUAACGAAUAUUUUUUGUUUUUCAAUUGACAGUUAAAGAUUAACUAAAAGCUUUAACGUUACAAUCGGGUUAGGGUUAACCCAUUGUUAAAAGAUAAUCACUUUAUAACGUAAAAGGCAUUUGAAAUUUUUAAUAUGGAUGUUGUUCGAUUUUUCCCCAGAUCUGGGGAAAUUUUUACCUGUCUAAGAAAUUAUCGAUCUGGGCUAUGUGAUGAAGAAGCAACGUUGCCGUUUAUCACCCUUGCCGUUUUUUUUGGCAAUAAUUAGAUUGAUUCAUGCAUUGUCGCGAAAUCUCUAAAUUUCCCCAGAUCUGGGGAAAAUCGGCAAAAGUGUACCCAAGUGGCUUAUUAUUAAAGUCAUUCUUAGACAUUUUAGUCUAUGUGAACUUGAAUGUGAAAUAACCGAUAAGCUUAGGCCGGAAAAUCCAAAUGCUACAUAUAAAAUUAGUAAUGUUUUAGGAUUGGUUGUCCAACCAACACUUCAGUUUUUCAAUCUUAACGCUCAUUUCAAUGUUACAAUCAAGGUAGGCGGCCUUUGACAUUUUUAAUAUGGAUUUUCUUCGUUUUUUCCCCAGAUCUGGGGAAAUUCUGUUUAAGGAUCUGGGGUGUGUACUGAAUAAGCGGCGUUGCCGUUUUAUAGCAAGUUUCUGGGGAACUAACACGGAUUAAUUUAUUCAGUGUUGCCUAGUUUACAAAUUUCUCUAGAUCUGGGAAAAAAUCGAUAAAAUUACUCAAGUGACUUACCAUUUACUAUUAUUCUUAGAUAUUUUGGUUCAUAACUUGAAUGUCAAAUAAGCAAUCAGAAGUUAUGAUUAGGCGGAAAAUGAAAAUCGCUCCUUCUAGUUGUUUAAAAAUAAAGUAUGAGCAACGUUGCCAUAUAUAAAAUUAAAAACGUGUACAAAGCUAAAUGUCAACCAAUCAAAAUGUUAGUUUUGUUUAUAUUUCAGGUUUAACAGAGUAUUGCAAUUUUCAAUCGAAUCAUAAAUAAAAGAAAUAUACUUUCACCGUUUUUCCCCAAAUUUAGGGAAAUUUGAUUGUGUCGGAAAGGAUCUAUCGAGCUGCGUUGUGUACUGGAGAAGCGGCGUAUCCGUUUCUGAGGAAUUAAUGGAUUGAUUCAUACGGUGCGAUGUUGCCAGAUUUACUUUUAAAAUUUCCCCAGAUCUAGGGAAAAAUCGAUGAACGUGUACCUAAGCGACUUACUAUCUUCUAAUGUCAUUCUAGACAUUUUGAUCUAUGUAAACUUGAAUGUUAAAUAACCAAUCAGAAGCUAGAAUCAGGCUAACAAAUUCAAAUCUUAUUUUCUAGUUAAAAAAUGAAUUAUAGACAAUGUUGCUACAUAUAUCAAAUUAGUAACGCAACAUUUUUCAAUGUACAGUUAAGUCUGACUUUAAAAUAAUUCAAACAACAAAUACGUUUUUGUUCUCAAUUAAAGAUUAACUGAAAGCUAACUUCAACGUUACAAUCUGGGUAGGGUUAACCUAGAGGGCAUUUGAAAUGGAUGCUGUUCGAAUUUUCCCCAGAUCUGGGGAAAUUUGUAUGUAUCUAAAGGAUCUAUCGAUCUGAGUUGUUUACUGGGAAGCGGCAUUUUCUUUUUUUGGUAAGUUUCUGUCUAAUUAAUAGAUUUAAUUUGCGGUGUUGUCAGAUUUACUUUACAAAUUUCCCCAGAUCUGGGGAAAAAUCGAUGAAAGUGUGCCCACUAAUAUUGGACAUUUUGUAACUACAUGGUCGUCUGGCGCCCAAACUGAGCAACUUUGUACUGAGGUAAGUUUACUUAAAUCGACUUAUUUUGGUUUUUAAAAAUGUAUUUUUUAAAUCGUAACAAUUUUAAAUAAUAUUAGUUAUAGAACAACCACGGAGGUUUGCCAGACCCUAUAUGUUAUUUUUGACGUAGAUAAGUCUUUAAAAAAAGUGAGAAUAGUAGUUACUAGGCAGAAGGACUAUAACCAAAUGAGUAAUGAGGUAAUUUGUGUUCUACUAACAGUUACACAGUAGACUUAUCAAAUAAUUUUUAUUAAAUUGUACUAUUGUUUAUUUUGUAAUUUUUACAUGCCAAUAAAAUUUUAUUUAUUUAUAAAAAUAUUAUGUUUAUUAACUUUUUAUUACUAUUAUAUUAAUUUAGAAGUUACAUACAUUUAAACUAUUUUUUAAACAAUAUUUAAAAACGUAUAUAUGUCAAAUUGUGUGACAGAGUGCUUGGUUUUUCUUACAUGUUAAAUGUCAGUAGAACACAAAUUGCGUCCCACUAAAAUGGCAGUUUAAAUUAUUCUAAUACAUACGAGGUACGUCCCAAAACAACGUUCUGAUUGUGCAUAAAAAUUACCCUCAAAAUAUUUUUUUCUAAUUUUGACAUGUAAUCGCGGCAA